GAACGGCGCGAGGGCUUGACGGGACAGGUACGUCACCCGUACCGUAUAGCCUAAUAAUAUAUGUAAUGUAACCAAUUUAUCAGAGCGCCAAAGAUAACAACACUCGAAUCUCAAAAUGGCGGAAUCUCAAAACUCUCUCAGAGUCUACAACCCCACCACCGGAAUCUACACCUCCCCACGCCCACCACUCCCCCUCCCACAAUCUCCCACCACCUCCAUAACCGACUUCCUCUUCCGCAACCUCCACACCCACUCCAACUCCCCAGCCUUAAUCGACCCAUACACCCACAAAACAAUCACCUUCUUCCAACUCAAACAACACAUGACCCAACUAGCCCAUGUUCUACACCACUCCUUCAACAUCUCUAAAUACGACGUCGUUCUCAUCUUCUCCCCUAAUUCAAUUCUCUUUCCUGUCGCCUUUCUCGCUGUCACUUCCAUUGGUGCCAUCGUCACCACCGCUAAUCCGUUGUACACUGUUGCUGAACUCUCACAUCAGAUUAGUGACUCUAAACCGAAAUUGAUUAUUACCGUUGACCAGUUGAAGCCUAAAGUCAACGGUUUCAAUCUCCCUGUGUUGGAUCUAAACACGAUUUCAGAUCUCAUCGAGAAAGCUGACAAAACGACGUCGUUAGCAAAGUAUCCAGUUGGCAAAUCAUCUCACAAAACGACGUCGGCAGAGCAACAAUCUGAAUCUGUGUCUCAAAACGACGUCGUUAACAGGAUCUCAUAUCCAGUUUUCAACUCAUCUCACAAAACGACGUCGUUAGCACAACAAUCUGAAUCUGAAUCUGUGUCUCGAAACGACGUCGUUAGCUCAAUCUCAAAUGCAGAACACAAAACGACGUCGUUCGCACCAACCGUCUCCCAAAACGACGUCGCGGCGAUCCUAUACUCAUCCGGAACAACCGGAUUAAGCAAAGGAGUGGUUCUAACUCACCGGAGCAUAAUCGCAACGUCGUUAAUGGUGACGUCAGAUCAGGAAGAGUACGGGGAAGGAAGAAGUGUGUUUUUGAUAGUGGUGCCGUUGUUUCACGUGAUGGGACUGAUAACGUUCACGUACUCGCAGAUGCAGAGAGGAAACGCGAUGGUGGUGAUGGUGAGGUUUGAGGUUGAGAAGGCGCUUGAGGCGAUUGAGAGGUUUAAGGUUACGCAUUUGUAUACGGCGCCGCCGGUGGUGUUGGCGUUGGUGAAGCAGGUGGCGGUGGUUAAGAGGUUUGAUACGACGUCGUUGGUGGAGAUUGGGUCUGGUGCGGCGCCGUUGGGGAAGGAUGUUAUGGAAGAGUGUUGUCGAGUGUUUCCGAAAACGAAGGUUUUACAGGGUUAUGGAAUGACCGAAACCGGUGGAAUUAUAGCAAUUGAGAACACAAGGGUCGGUUCUCGCCAUUCGGGUUCAUCAGGAACACUUUGUCCUGGAAUGGAAUCUCAAAUUAUACAUAUACAAACAUUAAAGCCUCUUCCCCCUAACCAGUUGGGUGAAAUAUGGGUUCGUGGCCCGAAUUUGAUGACCGAAUAUUUCCAUAACAAAGAGGCCACAGAAGAGACAAUAGACAAACAAGGUUGGUUGCACACGGGUGAUCUUGGAUAUUUCGAUGAAGAAGGGCGGAUAUAUGUUGUUGAUCGUUUAAAAGAACUUAUCAAAUAUAAAGGCUAUCAGGUGGCACCUGCAGAGCUUGAAGGGCUGCUAAUGAGUCAUCCUGAAAUCAUGGAUGCCGCAGUCAUCCCAUAUAUUGAUGAGGAAGAAGGUGAAAUCCCAAUGGCGUAUGUUGUACGUAAAACUGGGAGCUCACUUACUAGCGAACAGGUUCAAGAUUUUAUUGCAAAACAGGUUGCACCAUUUAAAAGAAUAAGAAAAGUAGCAUUUAUCGACAUUAUUCCAAAAUCCGCAGCAGGAAAGAUUUUGAGGAGGGAGCUUAGACAGAAAGUUCAAUCUAAACUCUGAGACAGAAACUUCAAUGUAAUAAUAAUGUAAGGGAUUUUAUUAUAUAUCCCCGUAUAAGUUUUAGUGAGGGAAGAUGUCACUGAAUAGUAACCAAGUUUUAUACCUCUUUAUUUAAGUCAUUCGGCAUCUCUAAA